AUGGUCGGGCCGACCAUUCAACAAGAUGCCACUUCUAUUUUGCUGCGGUUCCGGACUCAACCAAUCGCGCUUACCGCUUACGUCACAAAAAUGUACCGGCAGGUUUGGAUUCAUCCAAAGGACCAGUCACUGCAACGCAUCAUUUGGCGGAGUUCACCGAACGAUCCGAUUCAGGAGUACGAACUCAACACAGUAACAUAUGGGACAGCAUCCGCUCCAUUCCUGGCAGUGCGCUCGUUGCAACAAAUCGUAGCGGACCACGGAGGAGAGUUUCCAGCCGCCGCAGAACGGUCCUGUGACUUCUACGUAGAUGACUUCGUUUCCGGCGGGCAAUCAUCUGAAGCGGCGCAGAUGCUGCAGCGGCAAACUGAGCAACUUUACGCAAGUGCAGGAUUCGAACUGCGGAAGUGGGCUUCCAGCGACCCAUCAGUACUCCAGAAUGUCAACCAGGAGAAGAUAGCACCCAGCCCUUAUGCUACCAGUGGAUCGAAGGGACUUCUCGCCACCCUCGGUUUGAUUUGGGACCCAGCAUCUGACACGUUGCAAUUCAAAAUCAACACCCCAUACGUGAUUGGGGCAAUCACCAAGAGAAAGGUGCUAUCGUGCAUCGCCAGGAUCUAUGAUCCUUUGGGCAUCGUCGAUCCCGUAAAAGCCAUGGCCAAGCAGUUCUGGACCCUGCAAACAGAGCAGCAACAGCCCUGGGGAUGGGAUGACGAGUUGCCACAUCAUCUACAAGGAGAAUGGAUCAACUUCCACAACCAGUUGAUACAUUUACAAAAACUACACAUUCCUCGUGUAGCCAUCAGGCCAGAUUCGACAUCAAGCCAGUUCCAUUUUUUCUGCGAUGCAUCGGAAAAGGGAUAUGGCGCAUGCUGCUACAACAGAAGCCGAGAUGACAACGGGAACAUCACGAUGCAACUGUACGCGUCGAAAACUAAGGUGACACCGAUAAAUAGCAAACAUUCCAUUGCUCGACUGGAAUUGUGCGCUGCACAAUUGGCCAGCUUGCUAUAUGAUCGGGUCAGAUUAGCGGUCAAGCUCUCGUCUAAUGCAACCUUCUGGACGGAUUCAAUGACCGUAGUUCAUUGGUUACGAGCAUCGCCAAAUUGCUGGAAACCAUUCGUCGCCAAUCGCGUCUCCCAAGUGCAACACCUGACCCAAGGAAGUGUUUGGCGACACAUCCCCGGAGUCGACAAUCCAGCGAACUUAGCAUUGCGUGGUUGCUUGAGCAAGGACCUUCUAGACAACCCGCUAUGGUGGCAGGGUCCUUCCUGGAUUCAUCUACCCGAGGACCAGUGGCCUGAAUCACCAGUAUCAUCAUCGUGUGAAGCAGCAGUAGCAGAGCAGCGAGUCACCACACUUCGAAGGAUUGUGGCAUAUUGGGUGCAAUACUUCAACAGGCGCUUCAAGCGUCGACAGUACGCGGGUAUUGGACUUACAACCCCAGAUCUACGGGAGGCUGAGGAAGUAUUGUGUCGGCUGGCACAGCAGGACCAAUUUGAGCAGGAAAUGAAGGCUCUUCAACAUAACAAGCCGAUACCUUCAUCAUCGAAGCUGAAAUGGCUGCAACCGCAGCUAGGAGUAAACGGCAUCAUUCGCGUUGGAGGACGUCUGUCCAAUGCACCUCUACUAGAAGACACCAAGCAUCCAAUCUUGGUUCCCAACAACCAUCCAUUGGCUGAGUUACUAAUGGACCACUUUCACAAAACUCGACUCCAUGCGGGGCCACAACUGAUGCUGAGCAGCAGUCGCUGA